AAACAUUCAGAACCCCAAACCCAACGCCACCGGAAGGAAGCGAGCAAGCGAGCGAGCGAGAGAGAGAUGGCGGCGCAGGCGUGGAAGACACGGUUCCGGGAGCGGGUGGUGCAGGCGCACGCCCGCUGCCUUAUCAUCCCCGGGAAGAUAGGCCACGCGCGGGCGAUACUCGCGACGCCGCUGCGCGGGCCGGUACUGCGCAGCAGUCCCAUCGAGAUCGCGGAGAAGUCGCUCGACGACGCGGCCAGCGAUCUCUACACCGCCGCGUCCUUGCUGGGGAGCGCCACGGAGCUCGCGCUCCGCGGAGGCGCCACGGAGCUCUUCCUCCCGUCCAACCCGGUGCGCAGCGUCCGCCUCCUCCCCGGCACCGCCGCCGCGCAGCGGCGCGCCUGCCACAAGCUCCUGGCUGCCAGGCAGCUCGCCGAAGAAGCGUACGAUGCCGUGGAGCUGUGCUGCGACCUCCGGCUGGGGAUCCGCUGCCUGCUGGACAUCCAUCGUCUCCCCGGCGUGCCCGAGCUCAUCGAGGCCGAGCGCCUCAGGACCUACGACCUCCUCGCCAAGGUGAAGCAGACGGCCGACGGUUGCGUCUGGCUGGUCGCCGGCGCCCUCGAGGACCUGAGGGCUGCCGUGCCCGUGCGUGCGACUUGAUCACUAGCUACUUCUUGUGUUCUUGCGUAAGCGAUGGAACAUGUCUUGCGUUUUUUUCUUGCAUGUUCUUGUCUUCUUGCGUACGCGUUCAAACUGUCGAUAGUUUGCUGCUGCUGCUGCUACCUGGAUUCUAUGAAUGCCGCGCUAGUUUUGUUC